AUGUCCCUUGCGGGCCAUCACACCUGGCGCGCUUUACAGAUUGGCGCUUUCCGACCAGACGCGAGAAAGGAGGGGAAGAUGUGGAAAGUGUUGGGUAAAAAGUCCAAUUCAUACAGCAGAUCGAAGAAACGGAGACUAACGAGAGACUUCGCAGGCGACGCGGCCCUAGAUCUCCUGUUGCCUGCACUCGUUCUGCUUCACCUGUUCUGCUCGCCGUACACGAAAGUCGAGGAGUCCUUCAAUAUCCAGGCGACGCACGAUAUCCUGAGCGCCGGUCUACCCCUUACGAAUACGACCGGAAUCCUCGCGUCUUCCUUCGAUCAUGUCCAUUUCCCGGGAUCCGUGCCUAGGACCUUCGUCGGAGCUUUGCUUCUGGCUGGGAUCUCCAAUCCUUUGACGACGUUCUUGCCUCGAUUGGAUCAGCAUCAACUCCUCGUCCGAGCAAUCUUGGGGCUCGGAAACGCGGCGGCUCUCUGGCACUUCAAGGGCGCGGUCGACAUUGCUUAUGGGAAGACGGCAGGGAGAUGGUAUGUCUUGCUCCAAGCAAGUCAAUUCCAUGUCCUCUAUUACGCGUCGCGAACGCUGCCGAAUAUGUUUGCUCUCAUGCUCACGACUGUGGCGUUGCGAAACCUGGUCAUGGUGAAGGCUGUGACGUGGAAGACGCUGAAGAGCUCCAAGCGGAGACGACUGGCGCUGUACUUACUCACGGUUGCGGGCGUCGUUUUCCGGUCUGAGAUUGCGAUUCUGCUUGCUGCUGAGACGGCGUACUUGAUGUGGCAGCAACGGAUUUCCCUCACAAAGGAGAUCAUCCCAGCUGGACUGGCCGGAGCUGCCAUCGGUCUUGCGACUACGGUUUCCAUCGAUUCUUUAUUCUGGCAGCAGUUCCCUCUCUGGCCGGAAUGGGUGGGCUUCUAUUAUAACACCAUUCUCGGAAAGUCGUCGGAAUGGGGAACCAGUCCGUUCCACUUUUACUUUCUGAACGCUUUGCCGAGACUGCUGCUCAAUCCGAUGACAUACCUGGUCUGCAUACCAAUGGCAUUAAACAUCCAGACCAGCGUGGACAUAUUGCUACCGCAUGUGGCAUUUAUCGCACUCUACAGCUUGCUCCCGCACAAGGAAUGGCGCUUUAUCAUCUACACGAUCCCCGUCUUCACUGCCGUUGCUGCAGGAGGAGCAGGCUGGAUUUGGACAAGGCGACAGAAGAGCAAGCGCUACAGCCUUCUGAGCGUCGGACUUGUCAUCUCAACGCUGGCCUCGUUCGCGGUCAGUCUCGGCUUGCUCUACAUCUCAAGCCUGAACUACCCCGGCGGCGAAGCCCUUCGACGCCUACACGACAUCGCUCCGAGCGACCAGAGGGUACCCGUCCGAGUGUUUCUCGACAAUCUAGCCUGUCAGACCGGCGUGACUCGCUUCCAACAAAUCGACCCAGACUGGGAAUACGACAAAACCGAAGAUCAAGAAAAGCUUCUCGAUCCGAUGUUCUGGCAGCAAUUCGACUACGUGCUCGCAGAACAUCCUGAACGCGUCAUAGGCAGCUGGCGACCUGUCGAGGAAAUCAAGAGCUUUGCGGGAGUCUCGGUGAGGCCUGGCGAUGAGGACGACAUCCUACCCAUACCGGCAGCACUUGGGGAGCCGGGUCGGAGAAUGCAGCAGAUAUAUCAGAACACGGCUCUCUUCGCCCGGAAAAGGUUUACGAAAGGCUACUGGCCCAGCAUCAAGAUGGAGCCAAGGAUAUACAUUCUGCAGAAAGAAGUCCCUCCAGCAGUAGCAGCAGCAGCAGCAGCGAGACAGAAACCUCCCACCGCAGCUUAA